AACGGGGCGGGGCGGACUACAGUAAAACUGGGGCUCUUGUCUGAGGAUAUAUCUACUUAAAUUAUCUUAGAGACAGUACUAGGUUGACAUUUAUUAAGUACAUGCAAUAACUGAGUGUUGUUCUUCUUCAAACGUCGUACUAAAGUGAUAUUUAUUUUUGUUCCGCUAGCAGGCUAACCUAGAACACCUCUUCCGUGUUGUUCGAAACCCUUCCGCCUUCGUCAAAAUCCAGCUCACGCCAGUAAACAUUAGCCUUCUUAGCUAACCGUGAGCGAAAAUAUAACAACAAUUUACGAGUUUCUAAAGGUCUUCCUGUCUCCCAAAAUGAAGUUUGUCUACAAGGAAGAACACUCUUUUGAGAAGAGACGGUCGGAGGGUGAAAAAAUUAGGAAGAAGUAUCCAGACAGAGUGCCAGUGAUUGUGGAAAAAGCUCCGAAGGCCAGAAUCGGGGACCUUGACAAAAAGAAGUAUCUUGUACCAUCAGACUUAACAGUGGGACAGUUCUACUUCCUGAUCAGGAAAAGAAUUCACCUUAGGGCUGAGGAUGCCCUUUUCUUCUUUGUCAACAAUGUAAUUCCUCCAACAUCAGCAACCAUGGGCUUGCUGUAUCAGGAGCAUCAUGAAGAGGACUUUUUUCUCUAUUUUGCAUAUAGUGAUGAAAGUGUCUAUGGACAAGACCAGACAAGAAGCAUGUAACGCAGCCCAUGUUUUCAAGUUCCAUACCAAUAAAAACAAGGACAUAAAAAGACUUACAAUGAAUAUUUAAAUUAGAAGAAAUUAUUUUAAAACAUGUUAUGCAUGUGGCCUCCAUAUGCAUUAUGCCAGUGCCUCUUAUCCAUGUUUAAGAAGGCUAUUUCAAUGUUUGUUCUUCAGGUAGAUAUUUUUAAUUUCAUACAGCAUUAAUCACCUGCACAUUGUUGUCUAUAUGUUUGCUUCUGAGACACUACAUGAAUCAUUUGAUAUGCAUACAUUAAUCAGGGUACUAGAAACUGGUUCUGUCCCAGCAGCCUGCAUGGAAUUUGAUUUUAAAGGGGAAAGUUAUAUGAAAAGUUCUAUGAGACUUCUCAUGAUGAGAUUGCUUAUUUUUGUCUCUUUUUUUUUUUCAUUUCUUUACACCCACAAUAUUUGAUGACUAUUUGAAUUCUGGUGGGUGUUUUUAACAUGUUGUCUUGAUGUCACAAACAAGUGUGAAACAUAGAUGUCCUUUUUUGUCCAAUACAAACUUGACCAACAAA